AUGGAUAUAAUAAAGAUCUCACUUCUUCUUCUGUGUGCCGGUAAUGUACUUUCAAGCCCAAAUAAAUCUUCAAAACCAUGGCAAUACAACACCAGGAAGAUGAACUCAUUACUAGAUCAGACACAACACUGUUUCUGCUACCCUGACGGUGACCUCCCAGUCGUUAACAAGCUAUUGGACUCUGAAGAUCACGGCCUGGAGCGUUUAGUCGUUUAUCUCUACAAAGCUGUCAACUCCAACGAAAUCAAGAUGUAUACUCCAAGUGCAGAAAAACAGAUGCUUAUACCUGACAUACCUUACGAUUCCAAUGAUGGACUUGUUACACUUACAAAUGAAAACGUUGAUAUGUUGUUUUACGACAAUCCCUACAAAAUAAAAGUGUACAAUGAUCGUUUCGAAACUCUAAAUCCAACUGUAGUAAGCUCCUUACCUAUCGGACUACACCAAGGAGAGAUAGAACACAUAUUGCCUGGUGCUAAUGAUGACACAAACUCGAAUGACAAAGAUAAUAGCAAUGGAUACGAUUACAAUGCUUACGCGAAUCCUCAAUAUAAUGGUUAUGAUGACGCUGAUCUGCCACAACCAGAAGCCUUACCCAUAAAACCUUUGGACUUUGAUUCAAACGGUUCUCCUGGCAACGAUUUAGAGCCAAAUCAAAACUGGGUCGACCAAAAUACAAAUCCAGAGGGCUUGGGGCCAGAUCAAAACUGGGUUGACCCAGGUACAAAUCCAGAGAGUUUAGGGCCAGGCCAAAACUGGGUCGUCCCGAAUACAAAUUCAGACGGUUUGGGGCCAGGCCAACACUGGGUAGUCCCAAAUACAAAUCCUGAGAGUUUGGGGCCAGAUCAAAACUGGGUUAACCCAAGUACAAAUCCAGAUGGUUUGGAUUCAGAUCAAAACUGGGUUGUGCCAAAUACAAAUCCAGAGAGUUUAGGGCCAGAUCAAAACUGGGUUGUCCCAAGUACAAACGUAGAUGGUUUGGGGCCAGAUCAACACUGGGUCAUCCCAAAUAAAAAACCAGAGAGUUUUGAAGAAAUUUCAGCUGUUUUGAAUGCAAAUGAUUUACAAGAUCCAUUAUUGCCCGAAUCACAAGCAUUCCCGCUGGCACCCGAUGAUAAACUGCGCUCGCAAAUCGUGUAUUCCUUCCAGAACCUUGGAGAUCUCGCAACGUCUCAGGCGGGAACCUUUGACGCAUGGUUCAAGCAACAAAUGAACAGAUUCCAACAUCCUCAUUUUCCCGGUGAUCUAAAGAAUAUAGACAGUAACUUGCUUAAAACGCUGGUUGUUAAGAUCUUCUCCGAAAAUAAAAUAUAUAUCAGUGCCAAUGGCGUGAUAACAGGACCAAAUGGAGAAAUAAUAGACAUAGCUAAUUUAGAACUCCGUGCACUGUUGUUAGGCGAAAAGAUCAAUCUUGAAAUCUUCAAUAACAGCGACAAAAAAAUUAGCCUAUUAAAACGUUUGCCUUUCCUGGAAGGUAUACUAGUCACACUGGUGUCGCCUCCACAAAUAUUAGGCAUAAUACCACUUGGUAAGAUAUAUUUAACCAAAAGUUCAAUUUAUAUGGACCAGAUACUGGGGCAAUUAAGUGCUGUGAAUAGUUCAAAGGUUUACACCAGUAAAUAUACUGAUGCAACCGUUUAUUUGAAUCCAUCACAAUCAACACUUAACCGUAUUCUCUCCGAACCAGGAAAAGUAAAAGUUGAGUCGAUAUCUUCCAUCUCAGGCGCUGGUAAUAUAGGAAAUUGGGAAACAAAUCUACACGCUCAAGCUGUUCCGCUUUCAAAUAAAGAAACGCAACUAUCAAGGUCGGGUCCAUACUGGAACAGUGGACAAUAUUACUCAGCUCCAAAUGUACCAUACCCUAACUGGAAUCCUUUGGUUGAAAUCCAGCCUUUAGGUCAAAGAAGGAAGUCAAAUGUAAAGAUUGAACAUCUUGUUGAACCGCCUCCAAUCAAAACAAGAAAGAAGAUAAACGAUGACCCUAGUACACAAAAAGAUACGAAAACAAAAGAAACAACUACAAUUGCACCUCCAGCGAAUGUGAAUUCAACAGAACCUGCGAGAAGGUUCUCGGGACCCAUUCUUCAAGGAAUGUUGAAGACAUUAAUGUUACUCCUAAAUGAUACACCAAUUAGAAGGCAGUAUCAAUCAAAACAGAAUACUACGCAAAAUUUUGAUAUAAUCAGUGAUUCUGAGUUGACGAAGUAUGAUGAGGAUGGUCCAGAUUUUAGAAUCAUUGGUGGUAGUGCUGCUACCGGUAGUGGAACCCCGGUCAGUAGUAAGGGCCGGAGUGGCUAUAAUGAAGAAAUGGCGUCAUAA